UGCGCGUUCGCGAGACGGAGUCCCGGGCGCGCACUCGCGAAUCAGGAAAUAUGGCGGCGCUCACGCCACUCAGUCAGUUAUCAAGUGGAAACCCUACAUAUGAGAGCUUUUACCGGCAGGUGGAUCCGGGAAACACCGGGAAGGUGGGCGCUGCAGAGGCCGCUCAGUUCUUGAAAAAGUCCGGGCUUUCGGACAGCACGCUGGGUCAGAUCUGGGAUCUCUCAGACCCAGAGAGAAAAGGUUACUUGGAUAAAAAGGGUUUCUUCACUGCUCUGAGGCUGGUGGCUUCUGCACAAGGAGGAAGUGAUGUCAGCCUGAACAGUCUAAGCCAGAACGUCUCUGCACCCAUUCCUAAGUUUAGAGACGCCGGAAGCCCAUCCCCGAACGUCACAACCUCUGCCGCUGACUCCAGCUGGACAAUAAAGAUAGAAGAUAAAGCCAAGUAUGAUGGGAUAUUUGAGAGUCUGUCUCCAGUUGGUGGGCUGCUGUCGGGUGAUAAAGUAAAACCAGUCCUAAUGAACUCAAACCUGCCUCUCGAUGUGCUCGGAAAGAUUUGGGAUCUCAGUGACAUUGACAAAGAUGGGCUCUUGGAUAAAGAAGAGUUUUCAGUGGCGAUGCACUUGGUUUAUGCGGCCAGAGAGAAGGAGCCUGUGCCGUCCUCCCUCCCCGCCGCUCUCAUCCCCCCGGCCAAGCGGAAGAAGAUCGCAGGCGCCCUUCCGGGAUCGGUUCCCGUUCUUCCCUCGAGUCCGUUCCUGCUCAAGGAGAACCUGCGGCCCACGGCGGCGCUCUCCAAGAGUCCCCUGGGCAGCGGCAGCAACCUGUCUCCAACGAGCUCGUUCAAGCGCUCCACCCCGACUCCGCCGCAGCCUCAGACACACACGCAGCAGGCGUCCUCUGAUCACUGGGUGGUGCCGACGGAAGACAGAGAGCAGUACGAGGAGAUCUUCGACCUGGCAGACUCGGAUUUUGACGGGAUGGUCGGAGGAGGCGAAGUGAAGGACAUCUUCAUGAACUCCCGGCUGCCUCAGAGCGUGCUGGCACACAUAUGGUCGCUGGCGGACACUCAGCGCGCGGGCAAACUCACCAAAGAGCAGUUCUGUCUGGCCAUGCACCUGAUUCAGGAGCGAGUGAAAGGAGUGGAUCCUCCUCAGAGUCUGACCCCCGAGAUGAUCCCGCCGUCGGAGAGAGGAGCCGCCGGCCCUCCGAUUGUCUCGGGAUUCACAGCAUCAGCCGCGUCUGAGUUGACUCCGUUGACCAGUCUGAGCAGGGACAGCAGCAGUUCUGUUGGAUUGGUUGAGCUGACGGGAAUCAAGGACCUCGAUGACAUCAACCAGGAAAUCUCCCAGCUGCAGAGUGAGAAACGCAUAUUGGAGACAGAUAUCAGACAGAAAGAGGAAGCCCUGCGACAGAGGAACAGCGAAGUGCAGGAGGCGCAGAGAGACGUGGAGCGGGAAAACGUGGGCCUUCAGGAUCUGGAGCACCAGAAACGGGACGCUCAGGAGAGACUCGGGGAGAUGGAGCAGCAGAGAGCCAAGCUGGAGAGCACUCUGGACGAGACCAAGAACAAGUGGCAGGAGGAGAACGCUAAAAUCACAUCGCUGCAGACUCAGAUCCUGUCUCAGGAGUCAGACGUGCAGACGCAGGAGAAGGAGAUGAGCCGAACCAAGACGGACCUGUACUGUCUGGAACAAGAGGAGCAGCGCUUGGAGGAGAGUCUGCGCGCUGGGAAGGCCAAGCUGGACAGCAUCCUCAAACUGCUGAAGACAUCGCAGGACGAGAUGGACCAGACGCGCAGCGAGCUCAGCGAGAUACACGAGGUUCAGCGGGAGCUCAACAAGACCAUCGAGCGCUACAGCAAGGCUCUGAGCGACAGCUCCAUCAGCCUGACCCAGCUGGACCAGCUCAUCUCUGAGGAGAGCUCCACGGCCGACGUCAAGGAGGACUCGCUGGUUAAGUCCAGGAUGGCCAUGUUUAACAGUAACGCCUCUCAAGGCCUGAACGCAGACCCCUUCCAGAGUGAAGACCCCUUCAAGAGUGACCCCUUCAGUAAAGCUGAUCCGUUUGGAGGAGAUCCGUUCCAGCAGAAAGACCCGUUCGCUAACUCCGAUCCCUUCGGUGAAAGCUCCUCCAGUCAGUUCAAGGCCAGUCCCUUCAGCAGAAGAAUCAGCCAGACAUCGAUGAGCCCCAAACCUAAAGACUCAGUAACAGACCCGUUCGCUGCAUCGGAUCCAUUCGGUAGCGACUCUUUUGGAGGGAAAGGUGGCUUCGCUGAUUUCUCUCAAAUGUCAAAGAGCUCAGAGGCUCCGAGCCGAAAGCCCACGUACCCGCUGCCUCCUCCCAAAAAACCCGGACCGCAGAGACCAGCGCCGCCUCCUUACGGGAAGAAUAGCGGUUCAGGGGUUCAUAGUCAAGGGUUCGGUGCUCCAGCCGUUCGAAAGACACCCGUCUCCUCGUCCUCAACGUUACGGUCUGCGGUUAACCCGUCCUCAACGUUUACAGACUUUAAGGCUCUCGGAAGUGAGACGCAGCAGCUGGAGUGGGCGAAGCGUGAGAGUCAGCGGGAGGAGGCGGAGCGGAUGAGGAGGCUCCGCCUCCAGGAGCAGCAGGACCUGGAGCUGGCUCUGGCUCUCAGUCGAGCCGACAUGCCCAGGACGUGAAGCUGAAACGCCCCCCAGUCGCUCCAUCUCUCAGCGAAGCACAACGAAACCAAAGGUCAAAGUCACGCUUUGAAUACAUUACAUACAGCUUCACCAAAGGGGUCUUAUUAAUGCACAGACGUCUCAUCAACACAAUCUGUUUCGCAAAGCCAGAAGUGCUUUAUAGUUGGACUGACUGUGAUCUCGACUAAAUGCGUGUUAUUCUCCUUAUUUAUGAUCAUCUGUCUGUAGUCACACAUAAACCUGCAUAAGUGAAGAACAA